CACGCGACAAAAAGAUUUAGGCACCGGAUUUUUCAAUGGGACAAGAAAAAAUGUAGCGCUGCCGCCAACAAGACACACCUGAACGUUGCUUGAUGUGUUGCUUUCAUCGCACGGAUAUGCAUACCACACUCAUGCAUCACUCGUGCUAUUGGGACAACUCGGAAGAAACAGAGUUGCAGCCAAAACAGCAACGGUUUCAUCAUCACCAUUGCAGAGAACCAGCAUUUGUUGGGCUGCCAAAGAGGUGAAAGGUGAAAGGAUCAGUCUGCAAGAAAGGUGCGAGCAAGUUAUCAACAAUCAACGAACAGCGGCAAACACCGCUCGAGAUUGAGCAGUGCGAUAUGAUUGGCAACAAUGCGAACGCCGGUGGUGAUCCUGGUGGAGUCCGUGAUGAAAGGAUUGUAGCCCCAGAUGCCCCUGCGACAACUAUGGAAAUAUCACCUGCUGGCAUGGAAUUGACCUUUCAAGCGGAUGAUCCUGCUGCUUUUGUAGAUUCCGAGCUCCCGGACUUGAGCCAAGAAGGUUCUUCUUUCCGUGAGCCUAGCAAGAAAAUAUCGUUCAAAACAGCUGAAGCAAUGAAAGAAGGUAAAUCUGAAGGAUAUGGUCCGCUUCCCCCUCCACGGGAAAAGCCCACUCAAUUUCGGGAGCAGUUUGAUCAUUUGAUGACUCGACUAGAGGAUCGCUUCCAAAACGAACGACUGGGCUUGGAAGAGAAACACAGUCGAGAACUCGAAGAGGCAAUGGGAUACUUCAGCUUGAGUUCAGGGGAGCGGGAAGCAAAGCAGCAAGAGCUGCAGAUGUCUCUGCUAGAAGAUAUUGGUAACAUGGCACAACAACUUCAGGAGCUCACUGGAACGCUUGGAGCCGACGAAGCUAUGGGUGAGAGUCUGACGCUGCCCAGUGAUCCAAACAUACUGGAGGAAUAUGCCAAAAGAAUGCAUCAUCUGGAAGAUCACUUUCAAAGAGAGAAGAUGCAACUGGAGCAGAAACAUGCAUCAGAGAUGGAAGAAGCCCUAGGGACACUCAAAAUGUCAAGAGAGCAUCGGGAAGCCAAGCAGGUGGAUCUGCAGAAUGAACUCUCGGCAGAACUCGGAGGCGUGGAAAAGCAGCUCGAGGAACUCAACCGAGCCAAGGAAGAAUAUGAAGCAAAGAUGGGGAACUUGAAGCGGCAGUUGUCCCAGGACGAUCGAAGCAGUGUUAGACCACCCCGCGCAGACCCGAAGCUCAAGACCAUCUCGAGAAGACUGAGCGAUGUGGAACGGGAAAGAGACGCGGCAAAAGAUGAGCUUCGCCGGCUCAAGCUUGCCCUGCAAGUAACUCAAGGAGAUGCAGGCCAAACCACCAGAAAGCCUCCUCCCGCAAGAACUUCGAGUCGACCAGGCGCUGCAGCGGGUGGUAAACUGUCGUCGCAGGAGGGCGACAAGAUUGCAAGUCUUCGAGGGAGGAUUGAAGCAGUCGAAAGAGACUUGAAAGAAGCGGCUCAGACUCCUGGUGGAAGCAGCACCAUGAAGCGACUUCGCGAAAAGAUGAAAGCAAUAGAGAAGGAUUUGGAUGAAGCGGAAGAAUCAACAAAGGAACACUUUGCGCUGGAGCAUCUCAGGGCCAGAAUGGAGAAGGUUGAAAAGCUUUUGACCGAAGGGGAGAGGGCUGCAAAGGAUUGGGAAGCUCUUGAAGAGCUCCGACACAAGAUAGGCAACGUUGAUAGUGACCUGAAAGCAGUUGAGGAAGCCAAAAAAGAAUUCGAGGCAUUGGAAGCUCUCCGUUCCAAAAUGGAGGCCGUCGAAUCAGAGCUGAAGAUUGCCGAGCAGCUUGCGAAUGAUCGAGAAAACGUCGACGGCCUACGUCAGAGACUAGGUCAAGUUGAAAGGGAUCUUGGCGUUGCUGAACCGCCAGCCGAUGACCAUGGCUCGAUCGACAAGCUACUCCAUAGGCUUGCCAGAGCUGAAACUACGUUAGAGGACGCACGCGCAUCGACAAAAGCCAGUGAGAUUGCAUUUGCAAUGCCUUCACCAGGCGGACGGUCCAUAGAACGGACAGAAAGGGACGAAGAGGUGGAAAAGAUCCUCAACAGGUUGGCCUUGGCAGAGAGGAAACUGAAAGCAGCGAAAGAGUCAGCACUGCGUCGAAACCCUAGUGGUGGAUUCCAUCGCGCAGCGGCCCCAAGCGAUCUUCGGCCACAAUCGGCCACUCCAUUUGAUGAGCGUCAAUCCAGAAUUCGUGCGCGGUUGCAAGAGCACCUGGAUGAAGCCAGUGCCGCUCGUCAAGGACAGGAGAGACAGCCAUCAUUGGACGAUGGAAAGCCUGUCAGGGAAGCACCUCAAACCAGGCGGACGAUCGAUGCGCAGUAUAUGUCCAGGCCUGAAGAUCCUAGUUUGCAAAGACCAAGGCGUGGUGAUCCUUACAAUUCUCAACAUAGACAAGCGAGGGAUUUCAGACCGCACGGUGACAAUGCACGGGAAAGUCCGUCUCGAUACGAAGCACCUCGAGAGUUCAGAUCCCAGAACCCCAGGGAUUAUCGUUCCAUGAAUGUUGACGAUCCCGGGCUAGGCCAGUCAAGAGCUCCCAGGGAAAAAUUUGAGGAGUCCCGACCCCUUGGAGGUUUCUCAAGAGACGGUAGGUACUAUGUGGAGGAUGUCCAUUUCGACAGAGCUACCGAUCCCCUCCCAAACCGUCACAGCUUUGACGCCGCACACACGCAACCUCCAGGGACAGCAGACCCAUCACUGGCGGGCACUAAAGGCCAAGCGGUACAGAGUGGAACCUUGCGACCAUUGCGUCGAAGGCGUGCAGGUGAUAUCCCUGGAGCUGUUGCUGGUCAACCCAAAUCGACAAAUUAUUCUGUUUUAGGUGACGACGAGGACAGGUAUAAGAAUCAACUAGAAGAACUCAAGUAUCAGCGCGCCCUUCUUUCUCAGAAGCUGAAGAAGGCAGCAGAAGAGGAGAAGAAGGCGGAAGACCAGCCUCCGGUUGAGCCAAAGUUCAGUUUCAAGGAGGCAAUUCGGAACGAACGAAACCAGCAAUCGAGGGGGAAAUUGAAUCCAACAAGAAAUCCGAAACCACAAGUCGCGCCGAAGAAGGCACCUGAAGAUAACAGAGAAGCGCCUGUGCCAAGGGAAAUAAAAACGGGAGGGGACCCUCCCAUUCAACCUCCUGCAGACGUCAACGGAGACCCCCCAGUCCAGGUGCCUUCCUUGGGGGAUGACCUGAAAUCUCGCAUCCUUGCUCGUCCGGCUGUACCUGGACGAGAUCCGACUUCUAGAGAUCCCAGCGCACCUGAUCCGAACACUCAAAACCCCAAUGCAAAAACAACGGAACGCGGCGUCGUUGACCCUCCGGACUUCAUUGAUCCACCAGCGACUGCUAGGCGAAGGAGAAGGGCUCAAAAGAAAGCGUCUGCUGCAAAUCCAUCCGACGAAUCAGGCAUAUUUUACCCCGUUAAGUAUCCUGAACCAUUUUAUGACGCGGGAUCCAUUUCCACCGCAGAGUUGCCGACAAACUACGAACCAGAACGAGGCGGCCCGCCAAAACGAGUAGUAUACGUGAAUCAGGGGCAGAGCAGUUCGAGGAAGAUGGCCCAGGCUCAGGAUCCAACACCUGUAGAACCCAGUGCCGACUUGGCGUCGCCUCCUGCUGAGCAAGCACCCCAAACGCCGAAUCCAGCCAGAGCAGCCCAGGGUACGCAGUCAGAGAUCCUGCAACCUCCAGGGCCACAAAAACCUGUCCAUCCUCCUCCUCCCACUCCUCCUCCGCCGCCACAGUCACCACCAUCGUCACCACUUCCCCCCGAACAACAAGCUGCAAAGCCGUCACCCCGAAUGCCAGCAAACUCAACGUCCUCGCAGUUCUCAGGCUCCUCCGCUUCAGAAUCACAGAAGCGGACCCGUCCGAAGAAGCCGUCGCCUCAACAACCACAAAUCCAUGUUGUGCAGCCUCCCACUGCAGCCGUGCAACAGCCUAUUUUCCACCAGACAACGGUCGUCGAUGGAAAAGCUGCUGCCCGAGAACGACGAGAGAAAGAUCAAAUGAUGCGCUGGGUGAUUGGCGUGCUGUUGUGCUUGGCUAUUGUGCUCGCCGCUGUCAUACUUGUCGUGGUAGUGUUGUUGCGAAACGGCACUACGACUCAGUCAAUUCCAUCUCCCGCGCCAGCCCCGACUCCAUCAUCGACCUCAAGCCCUACAUUCAGUACAUCCCCCCCAGGCAACCAAACAUUGUUUCCGACUGGGAAUGGAACUGGCAAUGCGACAAUGUUUCCAUCAACGAUGUUUCCAACCACCGAGGGCUCUAAUUCACUUGAGCAAUGCCCACCUCUUGACAGCAUAACCCCUUUGACGCCGAACGGCAUAACUCAGCAACUGAGUACAGUAGGGACGUCCUUUGAUCCAACGCAGUACGGCCUUAUGAGCUGCGGCAUAAUUGGAGAACUAGCUGCGGAUGGCGUCUGGUUUGCAAUGAUUGGUGACGGAGAUGUUGUCACGAUUAGUACCUGUACGCAGUUCUAUCCUUCCUUUGAUACGCAACUGGUUGUAUUUACUCCGGUGAAUCAGACUGUGGGCUGCAGAGAAGGUCUGGAAUGUGUGACAUCCAAUGAUAACUUUUGCGGGCAGCAAAGUUCAGUGACGUUCAUUGCCCAAGAAAACACUCUUUACUUUGUCUACGUGAGUGGUAUGACGGCUGCCCCUCAGUUUGUAAGUCCAACAGAGGGAGACUUUUCGUUGACGGUGUCUACUUCUCCUGAGGGAUCCUGCCAGGGGGCGAUCGGCCCUCUGGUCCCUUCUCCCAGCAACCAGCUGCCGGUGAUUGUUGUGGGUGACUUGCUUGGUGGCACCUUUGGUGUGGAUCCUUGCAACCCGGAUUUGCAAACUCGAACGGGAGAGUUUUGGUACAAGGUGACUGGCACUGGCACUAUAGUUGCUGCUUCCACCUGUCACGCCUUGAGCAACUUUCAAGCGCGUUUGGCAGUCUACUCGGGCUUAUCAUGCGAUGUCUUGAUGUGUGUCACGGCCAAUGACGAAGAUUGCGGAAAUGGCAGCGAGAUCAAUUGGUUUGCCGAGGCAGGUACAGAAUACUAUCUAUUGGUCUACACUCCUGUUUUUGUACCGGAUAGUCAAUUCGGUAUCACGAUACAGGAAAUCUUUUAAUAGAAGUGCAGGCUGUGACAGUUUGUUGAUCGUUCGGAGAUUUUGCCCACGAAGCCACUUCUGGGGGGACUGUAUAUAAUGUUUCAAGUUGAUCAGUAUCCAAUUUCCGGUUUAUCCAGUUGUACGUAGUUUCGCUGCAAAGUCUUGUAGUUAUUUUUGACUGAUU